AUUCACAAAGGCUCAAUCGGUCGCUGUAAAAGGGUCAAUAGAUUUUCUUGGCGUGAAUUAUUAUACUACCAAUUACGCGGAUGCUGCAACCCCUGCUACUGUCAACCAUAGUUUCUUCGUAGAUAUGCAAGCUACUCUCACAGCGGAGAAAAAUGGGGUAUCAAUCGGUCAACGUACUGAUGUCGGCUGGCUUUACAUAUAUCCGAGAGGAAUUCGUGAGCUUCUGAUAUAUAUAAAGCAUAAAUACAAGAAUCCACCAGUAUACAUCAAUGAAAACGGUGUUGCCGAGGCAAAUAAUAGCACCUUGCCUGUAAAGAAGGCUAUCAAGGAUGGUACAAGGAUAAGAUACCUGCAUGGCCAUCUCACCUAUCUUCUACAAUCCAUCAAGGAGGGUGCGAAUGUGAAAGGAUAUUAUAUAUGGUCAUUUUUUGACGAUUUCGAAUGGAGUUCUGGUUACACUAUUCGAUUUGGCCUCACAUACAUUGAUUUCAAAAACAAUUUGAAGAGACAUUUCAAGUACUCUGCUUAUUGGUUGAAGAUGUUCCUCCUCAACUGAAAUGAUAAUAAAUAAUAAUAAUUCAGACACCCUCUUUUCUUUCUUAAAAUAAGGUGGAGAUAAACAUCUUCUUUAUCCACCAAUCAAUAUCCAACUAGAUGGAUUCUACUAUAAUUGUAUGUUGCAUCUUUGUUGUUAAUGGAAAGUUUCAUUUAUUA